CCGACUUCAGAUUGAGAGAAUUCAAGAUGGCUGCUACAGGUUCUGAGUAAAGGGCUCACUAUUCUGGAUCUGCAUGAAGCUCUCCUGAGGUGGUGGUGGUGGUCUCUUCGUGCUGCAUCGUCCAGCUCCUCCUGCCUCCCAUCAUGUCCUCCACCUCCUCCUCCUACUCCUCCUCGGGGGAGACCAGCCCGGAGGACGUACCCCGAGGUGGGGGCACCAUCCGAGUCUACCUCCCCAACAAGCAGAGGACUGUGGUGAACGUCCGCCAGGGGCAGACGGUGCACGAGAGCCUGGACAAAGCGCUGAAAGUGAGAGGCCUGAGCCAGGACUGCUGCGCCGUGUUCCGGCUCCUGGAAGGGCGGAAGAGACUGACGGACUGGGACACAGACAUCACCCCUCUGGUUGGAGAGGAGCUGUUGGUGGAGGUCUUGGAUGACAUUCCUCUCACCAUGCACAACUUUGUACGGAAAACCUUCUUCAAGCUGGCGUACUGUGAUUUCUGCCACAAGUUUCUUUUCAACGGCUUCAGAUGUCAGACGUGCGGCUACAAGUUUCACCAGCACUGCAGCAGCAAGGUGCCGACGGUGUGCGUGGACAUGGACACCGUGAGCAAACGAGGCGACUCCAAUCCCUGCCCAGACGAUUACACACAGAUACUCCCGCCAGAAAAUUCCCCGUCACAGAGCAACCUCGCCUUAACCCCGGAGCCUGCUGGGAUGGACCUCCUGUCGCCCACCUCCACCUUCCACUUCCCCAUGUCGAGUGGAGACGGUCAGUCUCUGCAGAGGCAUCGCUCCACCUCCACUCCCAACGUGCACAUGGUCAGCACCGUGGGCCCGGCGAGUGUCGGCAUCAUCGAGGAAGCGCUGAAGUUCCACAACACAAUGGGUCCAGAGCCGUCGCCGAAGCCCUCCACCAGCCCGCCCUCCUCUAUCGACUCUCCGGGACGGAGACCGCCCAAAUCGCCCUCGGAGCACAAGGAGCGCAAGCCGUCCUCGUCCGACGACAAGAAGAAAGUGCACCGAGGCGGAUACAGAGACUCCAGUUACUACUGGGAGGUCCACUCUCGAGAGGUCAACAUCCAGAAGAGGAUAGGCACCGGCUCCUUCGGGACGGUCUUCAAGGGCAAGUGGCACGGAGACGUAGCAAUCAAGAUCCUCAAAGUGAAAGAGCCCACGCCUGAGCAGCUCCAGGCCUUCAAAAACGAAAUGCAGGUCCUACGGAAGACCCGCCACGUCAACAUCCUGCUCUUCAUGGGCUACAUGACCAAGCCCAACUUCGCCAUCAUCACGCAGUGGUGUGAAGGCAGCAGCCUGUACCGCCACCUGCACGUCACCGAGACCAAGUUCGACACCAUGCGCCGCAUCGACGUGGCCCGGCAGACGGCGCAGGGCAUGGAUUAUCUUCACGCCAAGAACAUAAUUCAUCGAGAUCUGAAAUCCAACAAUAUUUUUCUCCACGAGGGCUGGACCGUGAAGAUCGGCGACUUCGGUUUGGCCACGGUGAAGUCUCGGUGGAGCGGCUCCCAGCAGGUGGAGCAGCCCAGUGGCUCCAUCCUCUGGAUGGCUCCCGAGGUGAUCCGGAUGCAGGACGCCAACCCUUACACCUUCCAGUCGGACGUCUACGGCUACGGAGUGGUGCUGUUUGAGCUGAUGUCAGGGACCCUGCCUUACUCCAAUAUCAACAACAGAGACCAGAUACUCUUCAUGGUGGGCCGCGGUUACUUGUCUCCAGACCUCAGUAAGCUGUAUAGUACCUCACCCAAGUCAAUGAAGAGGCUCAUCGUUGACUGCCUGAAGUUCAAACGUGAUGAGAGGCCCCUGUUCCCGCAGAUCCUGGUAGCCAUCGAGCAGGUUCAAGACCUGCUGCCAAAAAUCGAGCGGAGCCGCUCGGAGCCGUCGCUGCAUCGGGCCGUCCACGCCGAGGACCUGAACCCCCUCCUGUUCCACACCACCAGGCUGAUGCCCCUCUGAGCCCCACCCGCCCCACCCCCGGCUCACCCUUCAGGAAACAAACUGUAGAGAUCACCUAAAGACUCUGUUUGGUUUCAUAGUGAAUCUUCUGCUCUUUUUACACACGCGCCUGCCCGUCGGGUGAGAGAAUGAAAGCACAAACAUGUCGGAACAUCCGAGUAAAUCCAGGCACCGCUCGACUUGCACUCGUCACCUGCCGGGAGGUAUGUUCAGCUCUUCUGGGGGACUCCGUCUUGUUUUGUUGGUUUUUUAUCAGUCAAACAGUCUUACUCGGACCGCCGGGCCUUUCUGUCCGCUUACACAGCCGAGGCCGCUGGGGCAGAUCAGAGCGCAGCAGAGGGAGGCAAACCGGGUAAAUGUGGUGAUUUGAAGGUGGAAUUCAUACAGCCAAUAAAAGGAACGUUCACAUUGGUCCAGAACGUGAGCAAAAAGGAGGAAACGCUGCUGUGGAUGCUGCAUUCAGCGACAGGCCCAGAUCACCUCAGCGAUGAGCGAAAGUAAAGCGCCCUCUUUAUGUGAGGGGGGAUCUGGAAACAAAUGGAGCUUCAUUUCAUCCACCCCCCCUCUGGUAGAAUCCCUUCUCUCGCAAAUCGCCACAUUAAUCAGGUUUUGCAGGUUGUUGUUUCGGCGAGAUGUUUGGAUCUGCAGCCAGCUUUUCCAGAGAGGCCCCUGUGUUCCGACAGUCGUCUGCAGAGAGGCCGUUCAAUCCUCCCGUUCGUCUUAAACACAGCAGUCUGUACUGAAAAUAGGAAAUGUCAACGAAACGCCGGUUGAAAGCAUUUCGCCGUUCCUUUUCUAGACUCCACUGUGAUUCUUUAAUCAGGAUUGAUAGUUUUUUAUAUGCAGACUUUCAGAUUUAUAAACCCAGCACGGGCUUGUGUCCGCUUCAUGUGAGGGUUUUUUUUGUUUUGUUUUUCCUGACAGGACGCUGCAGAGUGCUCAAAACUGUUAAACAUCAGGAAGGGUCAGGAAAACAGAAAAAAGCUUCAUAUUGUGUUUUGACUGCCAGAUGCUGGUUCCUCUGUGGGCACAAGCCCUUUGUUUUCUGAGCUUUUUUAAUUUGAAAUGCAGGCUUCCAUCACACUACACUGAACACCAGCAACGUGCAGGCGCAUCAGAAAGCCAGAGUACAGUGGAAACGAUUCACUGUAAUCAAAUUAAAAUGGUGGAAAUAAUAUAAAUUAUAUUUGAAUAUUUAACAGAGUUUUGUUUUGUCUGUUUUUCCAGCUGUCACAAUCGAAAUUUAAAAAAAUAACUGACAAAACAGUGAACUUUUCCACGGUAUUCUAAGUUUUUGUAGGUGCGCUUGUGUGUAAAAACUCUUUUUUAAACUAUCAGGGUUGCAUGAAGGGCUCGAUGUCUGUGAUCCUGUGCAAAACCAGCGAGUAAACGAAGCACGAAAAGAGAGGGAAGGUGUGUUUUGGGUGGAUUUGCAGCAUAAUGCAGCUUCUUGGCAAUAAUCCCGUAGAGAUCCACAUUCUCAGCUCUGCUGCUCAUCCUACAGAUGUACUUUCUCUUCUCUCUAUGCCUCUAAUUAAUGUGGAGACACUUAAAAAAAAGGGAAUGAACUUUCCAACAAUGUCAUAUUUAUUGCCAAGAAGAAUCCAACUCGCACACAAACACACACACUUUCCUCAGUUUCUGUGCUGCGUUUACUUGUUGGAGCAGCAGAAUCGAGUGUUCAGGGAAACUCUCCGUGGCCACAAACGUCUCUCCACACCUCUUGAGUCUCCGUUCUGUGAUCAGUUACCCAGAAAUGUCACUUCAGACCACAGCGGGGGGCAGUGAUGUCAUUUCCUGUUUCCUCUGCUCGGCCAGGUGCGGACUCUAGGCUCUGUUUACACCUUUUCAAGUGAAAAUGUGAACGUUUGGAGUUUUGGGGGUCUGUUUACACGACAACGGAGCUCGGAGUCACUGAAAAUGCAACUUUUUGAGACUUUUCUGGAACGGUGAGACCGUGUUGUGAUAACAGGGUCUCAGACCGACGCACCGGCGUCGUGAUGCCUUCGGCAGUCUUUCCCUGUCCGGUUUCCUCUUGAUGCCGCACCACAUGUUCUCCCUCUGGUUUUUAUUCCCGACAUUCGUAGGAAACGAAGCCCCGGCAUCCCCCUCUGUUGAAUCCAGCUGCCUUAACGCCGCUGCUGCUGCUGCUGAAAUAUCCCCCGUGCUUCAUUUCUAGCACCUUUCACCACGUGGAUUGGACCGACCGUAGGUGUGAUCACAUGUAGAACCGCUGAACGUCACGGAGUGGAGACACCCCGCACCGCUUCCUCUCUGAGAGACGUCGGUCUGACGUCAGCUGGUUUCUCAGCUCCGUCUCGUUCUCAACUUUUUGUUUCACGUUCGUUUUUGUUUAAGCCGACAUGCUGUAAGUCAACGGACUGUUGGGAUAUGAGCCUUCAGUUUGAAGUCUUUAAUAAGAAGCCAUCCGAUGAAGGUUUUCAUCUCCCCAAUCAUUAACAUUAAUCGGGCAAGUUCCGGGUUUCCUCACCUUACAGAGAAAAAACAAAAUUUUUUUGGUACAAAAACUUCGGACUUUCCAAAGAAUCCUGCGGUAAAUACAUGACGACAUUUCCCUGCAUAGCUGGGAUUAGAUUGAUUUUCAUGGUGGAGCUCUGUGGUCCAGAUCUCAAACAUCAGCUCCAGGUUCAAACACCUGAAUGUCUCCGGUCAUACUUCAUGUCUCCAGGCCGGUGGUCAGUUAUUGGAGUUUGAAAGAGGCUGGCCUGGACAGGUGGGGGUCAGUUCCCCUCCCCUCGGCCCUCAGCUCUCUCCGGUGUGUUCGGUAAGCUUCCGGCAGCGCAGUAGUGACCGUUUUCACAGUUCUCUGUGUAAACGAACCGGUGAGGCAUUCCGUUUGGUGUUAAUACGUCAAUAAUUCCCAGCAGACCUCUGCUCUGACACUGUCCGAGAACCAGAACAAGACUGGGAUCGGGCGGUGGAGCCUGCCCAUCGCUGCCAUUUCAAGGGCUCCUGCUUUCGUCUGCUGUUGACUGGGUGUUGAGUCAGUGUUUGGCCUCACUGCGGUGGUGUGGGAGGGUGGGUGGGGUGGGGGGUUUGGUGAACACCAUGUGACUGAAACUUUACCGCCGCCGACGUUUGACGGCAGUUUUUUUGUUUUGUUUUUAGUUGUGAAUCUUUAGGGGCUGGGUACCCUAACAGUUCUGACUCAUUCCAGAUCUCUCUGUGGGACAAGGGUCGGGUGUCGUGAUGUGGGUUUAACCAGCGGCGGGUGGGGUUUAAGAAAGACUUGACUUUCCGUCUUUCGUUUAUUUAUUUGAUGUCUUCGGCGGACGCUCUGGUCUGCGACCGCGGCUCUUCACGCGGUUCCCCAGAACGUCUGGGUCCCUUCUCGCCCGGCGUGACGCUCUCUCCUCAUCCAACGCCAAUGUUUCUAUCAGCACGGUACUGUCUGCGCCCCACCAGCAGCUUCUUCUCUCAAACUCUGGAGGAAUCUGUGAGCACCAACUCGUCAACAAACCUUGUUCACAGCAGUUCACUACAACCGAAUCUGUUGGCGAUAAACUGAAAGUGUGUUUAAACGCAGACUGUUGGUAUGAAGAUGGACGAAGCGUCUCUGUUCUCUUCAGAUGUGUCACAUUGAAGCCAAAAUAUCUCGGAUCGCAGCCAUCUUCAGCUUAGCCGUGUGUCGCUCACAGUGUAGCUUCAGGGAACGACGUUGAAUCGCUAAAAUGAAAUUAAGCUAAAUUACUGAAUCAGGAGGGGUUUUAUUGUUCAAAGCCAAGAAAAACAUUUUCUUUUCAUUUUUGUUCUCUCCCAGUUUGACUUUUACAAGAUGAGAGAAUGAAGAUUUUCUCAUUCAUGUUUUAUCUUUUCAGGCUGCAGCUCAGCCUUUUAGAAGAUACUGUGAUUCAUUUGUUUUCCAUUUUUCUGUGAAAAUUCAACCCCCCCCCCCCCCCCCCCCCCCCACCCCCCCCCCAAAAAAAAAAACAUAUAACAAAGCAUAUUUUUCAAUAUAUGAUACAUUGUAAGUAAUUAUAAUUAAAAUUCCCAUCAAAUUAACUGGUUUGGUUUCGAAUUGCCCGAAAAAACUGCCUUUAUAACCUUGAUCUUUAGUUUUUAGUGUUCCUGUUAACUUGAUGUGAUUGUAGACAUUUUGGCUUCGUGUGUCGGCGGUGUUGUCCAUCUUUCAUCUGAAGUCUGCAGUUUAAACUGUUAAUUCUGUUUUCUGCGUCUCUAUUCUUCAGAAACUUCUCAAUCAGAAAGCACUUCUCACGCUUUCUGUUUAUUUUUUUCCUCUCUCGUUCACUGAAGAUUAUCUCACCUAUCAAACAAGUGCCGCACUGUAAGAAAUAAAAUAAAAUCCCUCACGCAGGCUCACUGGGGAGCCUCUCGGGGGCGCCAGAGGGCUGAAAAUGGGAAGAAGAAGAGAGAGAGAGAGAGCUGUAUCAGAGUAGGUCAUGUGUUUCCUCUUUUCAUAUCUGUAGGUGAAUUGCAAUACUUGUGUCUCUAGUUUCUGAGGUGUCAGGGGUGUUCAGUUUGCAAUAAAUGGUAUAUUCUGCUGUGUACAGUUACAUUUUGUUUUUUAAUUACGAAAAAAAAAUUGUACUUGUUUCUAUUUUUUGUGUGACGGUUUCAAAAAGAACAAAAUUAUUUUAAAGUUUUAAGGAAAUCUUAGUAUUUUUUUAGGUUGUUUUGUCUUAAAAUAUUGAUGCAGGAGUUAUUCUUUAAAUAAAUUUGUCUGUGUUAAA